AUGGAAUAGUAGAAAGAUUAGUUGAUGAAACAGAAUUUUAAUAAUUCAAACAUUUUAAUGAUCAAUUCGACUUCUAUUGGUAUAUAUAAAAUGAAGCCGCCCUCUUUAAUCAGGGCAAAUAAGCCUAAUUCUAUGAUUUAGUUAAGAUAUUUAAAGCAAACCAAUGUGCAAAAUUAGAAUUAAAUUAACUCAUUCGCACAUCUUUAAAACGGCAAAGACUACAAUAAUAUAAGUAACAUAGUAGGAGAUCAACAUUAACAGCAGUAAAAGUUAAAAUGGGAAAAAUCUUCUCAAAUAAAUGCAUAGAAUAACUUUAGAAUAUCUGCUAGUUCUUAAAAGCAAUCAAAGAGUAAAAGUGUUAAUAACUUGCCAGCAUCAUAAUAAAUAAAUUCAUCUCAUUCUUUUGUAGGGAGAAACAGCAAUAUUCAAAGCAAAAAUAAAUUUCACUCUAAUAAGAAAGAUUUACAAAGUAUGAUGGGUGUCACCUUUGAAGCAUCUCAUGGAUUAGAAAACCUCUGCGAAAAUGCACUUUUUAAAAAGCAAGUUGAUGAGUUGAAAUUCAGCUCUGAUACUCCCUAAAAACUUAUUAGCAGCUUAAAAAGUGAAAUUAAAUAAUAGUCUAAGCUUGAGUUUUCGCAUUGCUAUUCUUAGGACCAAUCAAAUUCUUUUUAUAAUAGUGAAAACGGAGAUUAAAUAACUCCUCAAAGAUAAAGAAAUUUCUCUCAUACCCAUCAAGAUUUCAAAAAGAGUAUCUACUCAAAAGAGCUAACAUAAACCAAACAAAAUCCUACACAUCAAAAACUUAAUAAAUCCGAAAUUGCUUUGCCUUUGAAUAAACCAUCAGAAAGUAAAGUAUUUUAAGUUUAACCAAAGCUAAGCUAGGAAAACAGAAGGACUAACUCCAGAAGAAGGUUGCUGCUUAGUCAAUAAGAAACAAGAAAGAAGGCAGUUGAUGCAAUAACUGAUGUUUCUUUUCAAACUCAAGAAUUUCAAAGUAGAACAGAGGCAAAUACUAAUACAUAAAAUCAAUUUAAAGAAAUAUUGGGAAAUAAAAAUAUAAAUGUAGAGAAAAGAGCACAUAAUAAAAUCAAUAGUACAUUAAAUUAAUCUAUAGAAUAGGGAAUAAGCCAUUAUAAUUAAAAUAAGAUGGCUGCUAUGAUCUCUAGAGAUAAUUCAAAUAUAGUAAAUUAAAGCUUAUAGCUUUUAAAUACGUUAAGAAAAAAAAGUUAAAAUAUGAUUGAAGAUAAGUCUCCUGUAAAUAUUAAGCCAAAGUCUUAAUAGAAAUUUUCUAGCCAAUUAUCUACUUAAAAUUAAACUCGUUAGCCUUCAUAACAUUAAGAGAAUAGAAAUAUGAAAAAUGUAUCUUAGUUUAGUAUAAAGCACUUCUAAAACGCUUGUGACUCGGCUUAAGACUAGAACAAUUAAUAAUCUGAAAUAAAUAUUGAUUAGAGUCAAAUGGACUAAAGUGACUUUUAAAUUACUAAGUAUAAAUAAAUAUUUUCUUCUCAAACAAAGCUUAAUCCUUCUAAAUAACUAUUAGUGAAUCAAUUCUUGAAAGAGAAAACUAUUAAUUCUAAAGACUGGCCAAAGCUGAGAGAGAAGAUAUAUUAUACUCUCUGCUAGAAGGGAUAUAAUAAUAAUAACUAAAAUUUGGAAGAGAAUGUUUAAAAUAAUAGCACAGCAAGCAAACAAUUGUUAGAUGAAAUUAAGUAAAAUUAUAGAUCUUAAAAAUAAAUAAGAAAUAGCAACUAAAUUUAGUAGAUUUAGUAGAAUAUACUAAGCUCUUUCUUAGACUCUAAAGAUGUGAAUGAUAGUCAAUCUCAAAUAGCAGCAUCAUAUUAAACAUAAACCAAAAAUAAUGCAAUUUUAUCCUCAACUAAAAAUACUUUGAAUUUGCAGUCUCAGAUAUCUUUCAAAUAAUAAAAUGGUCAUGGCAAAGAAUCUACAAAAAUGGAAAAUUCUCAAAUCAAUAAUGAAAAUAAUUUAUAUUUUAAUUCAGUCAAUCAUCAAAUGAGAACAUAGAAUAAAAAUUAGGGAUAAUUAACUAUGAACAUAAAUAAUUCUCCUAUAACUUCUUUUAAUGAUCAGCUAAAUCAAGUUUGUGUUAAUUAAAUUAAAAGUCUUGAUACAACUCCUACUAACAAAAAACAGCUUAGCUAGUAAACUUUCAAUUAAUUUUCAUCAAGCCAAUAAAUGUCAACGAAUUCUCAGCUUAAAACGAAUACAAAGUUCAAACUUGAUUUAACUAAGCUAAAUAAUGAAGCCUAAAAUAAUAAAUAAUCAGUUAAUGAUUUUAAUAAUGCAAAAGCUUAUUCAGCUCGAAUUAUUUCACAAAAUGAAAUCUUACAUUAAUCUUCAUAAAAUACUUAAAGAUAAAAUAUUUAAAUUAAAUCUGCUAGAAUAAAUAAUAAUCAAGAUAAUACUAACAAUCCAAUAAACUCCUCAUACUUCAAAGGAGCUACCUAGUUAACAGUUGAUAACAACAAAUCAAUUAAACAGGUUUAAAAUGAAGCUACACCUUAAGGUAAUAAAGUAAAAAAAUCAAUAAGUUUUUUAUCAUCUGGUAAACCUAAUUCGUCAUCAAAUAAAGUCAGCUUCUAAUAAAAAGUUAAUACCUACAAUUAAAUGAAUUUUAUUAACCAUGUUGAUAAUCUUAGCCAAAAUAGUCCAUCCCACUCUUAAAAUUAAAACAACGACAAACAAGUUUCAUUCAUGAACACAACAAGCAAAUCAUAAUUCUAAAAAAAGCACUCUGUAAUGAAUAGCCUCUGUCUUAUUUAACUUAAAAAAAUAAAGUAAAAAGUUACUGAUGACGAAAAGCUUUAAUUUUAAAACUUUUUCUAAGACAUUAUCAAAACAUAGAAUAUGCUUAAAUACCAAAAAGAUACACCUAUCGAAUAAAUUGCUCCCGAAUACAAGUUGCAUUAAAUAAAAUAUAUUCCGAGGGGUAACAAAGAACUUUUUGAAAACAAAAAUCUUACUAGUUUAUAUAGAAGAGAAAUAAAAGAUUACAAUCCUGACGAUAUUUAAAAACCAUCUGCUUUAUAAAUGGAGUCUGUAGAAAAAGAAGAAUAUGAAAAUUAUAAAAAGUUAAUGAAGGUUUAAUAAGAAUACAACGAGGACAAAUAUUACAUUCAUUCCAAAGAGUAAAAUCUUCGUAAAGAGUUAACAAGUUUGAUAGAAUAAAAAUAAAAAGAGAAUGAAAGACUAUAAACUUUCGUUAAAUUUGAAAUAGGUAAUGUUAUCAGUCCUAAUACAUAAAAGAAAUUUGAAAUGUCAAUCAAAAAUGAUUCUAAAUGGAGCAGAAUUAAGAAAGAAAUGAUUGAAUUCUUGCAGAAAGUUCAAAAACUUAACUUGACAAUGGAUGAAGUUGUUGAAAACAAGUUGUUUACCUAAGUAGCAUAUAGUAGAGUGGGAUCAUAAGAGUUAUUUAAUUUCAUUAAGGCAAAUGAUUAUGAUAGUGUUUACGAACUCUUAAAAAAUGACAAGUAUUUAGUAUACACUUUUGAUAAAGGAAUGAAUACUCCAUUGUAAAUUGCAUGCAAAAGAGGAUUUUCUAAAAUUGCUCAAAAGCUUAUUGAAUAUAACUCUGAUUUGGAUCAUAUUAAUUAAGUAAAAAAGACAGCUUUAUACUACUCAUGCUGCAGAGGUGAUGUUACAACUGCUCUCUUGCUUUUAAAAAAUAAAGCUAAUCCUUGGAGCAAUGGUAAAUGCAGUCUCAAUGAAUUUAUCUAUUAAUUUGGAGAAAAAAAAGAUUAAAUUAAUGCUGCUAAAAGAAUUCACUUCAUUAUGAAUUUGCUUCCUUUCAGUAAGAAGUAAAAACUGUGGGACGAGUUUUAGUAUAUAUUCAAGAAUUGA